AGGUUGAGAACCACUGGAUUAGCUAAUCGGCGAUCAAAUGUUAAUCCUCGAUUAAAUGUCCUUGUGUUGUACGGUUGGUGAUUUGGGUAUGAUUAGUUAAUCACUGAUCAAAACACGAUAUUAUCGUGUUUAUACAAUAUUUUUAUUAUUUUUCAUUUAUGUUGCUACUCAUUCAUGGGGACAUUGUAUUAUCACCAAUAAUAUCAGUUAUUAUAAUAUUGUUUUGAUUUAAAUGUUUAUGUUUAAAUUGAAGGUUACAAUUUAAAUAUUUAAAUAUUAACUGGUUUGUAUAUAACUAUAAUAUAAACUAUUAUAUUCUGUGAUAUAACAUCAUUACUAUGAACACUGACAUUAAUAAGAUUAUUAAGCGUACGGCAAAUUUCACUGCAUCUGAAAUAGAUGUACUAAUUACAUUAGUCAAAAAGUACAAAAGUGUAAUUGAAUGCAUGAAAACAGAUACAGUAAAUGCAAAAAUGAAAAAAGAUGCCUGGAUAAAAAUUCAAAAUGAAUUUAAUUGUCAAUUGCCAGAAACCCCUCGCACAGCCAUUAUUUUAAAAAAUAAAUAUGAAAAUGUAAAAAGAAAUGUAAAAAAACAAUACGCUGAGGAGAAAACUUUUAGUCGAGGUACUGGUGGCGGUCCAACUAAAGUGUUUCAAGGAACAUCAAUCACAUCGACAGUUGGUGAAAUCCUACAAACCAGAAUGACAGGUGAAACCUCUAUCUAUGAUUCAGAUACUAGUAAUUUGCAAUAUUGUAAUGCUGAAUUGGAAACUGUUACAUUGGAACAUCAGUAUAUUGAACCUGUACAUGUUUCAAAUGGUGAUAAUAAUGACAUCGUAACAUUAAUGUUUAGUGACAUUGAUCCUGUUAAUGAAUCAACAACUCGUGAACAAUAUAAUGGACAGUCACAGUUUUCAGCCACCAAACGGGACUGGACAACUUACUCUCCAGCUGAUUUGAAAUCUAGGUCAAAUUUAACAAACAAUAAUGCAGCUUCAGAUAAUAAUGUGACAAAAAAAAAAAGACAUAUCAGGACAAAAUAAACAGUUGGGCAUCAACUAGAGCCUCACUGAGUAAAGAACAAAAGUCUGCUUUUACUGAACAUCAUAAACUUAAAAUGCAUCUCAAGCAAGAAAAACACAAUUUGGAACUACAAAUGAUGACUGAAAAACAUAAAAUUUAAAUUUAAAAUUUAAAACUGACAAAUGACAUUUUAAAAAUGCAAAAAGAAGCUGAAAAAGUAAAAUAUUCAAAUAUAAAUAUCUGAGUCACUUAUUUUAGUUACUAUUUGUUAUUAAUUAUUUUGUUUAACUCAUUAAAAUGUUGUUAUAGAUAUUUAAAUAUAAAUAUCUAAGUCACUUAUUUUAGUUAUUAUUAGUUAUUAUUAUUAUUAU